CAAAAAUUUUAAAUCAAUCAAAGCUUAAAGAUUUUGGAUUUCAUUUCAGUAAUGAUCAAUUUAAGACUGCUGUUCAAAAGACCAAUCAAUCAUUAUUUUUGUUAACUGAUUAUCAAAAAAAACAAAAUUCUGAAAUAAAUAAAGUGUAUUUUUUAGAAAAAUUGAAACCUAAUCUUGGCGAAGGACGAAGGACAAAACAUCCUGGUGAAGUG